AGGUGUUGCUUUCACGUUACGUUACUACGUUUUCCGGGUCAAGCUUUUCCGGUGCGAGGUUGAUUCCACCGCCAGAAACAUAUCGUCUUCUUCUCCUUUUCUGCUUUUUAUUUUUUAUUCUCUGUUAUAAAAGGACCAUUUGGGUUUGACCAGAUGCACAACAGCAUCCAAUCAAAUUCAUAACAAAAUUUCUCAAUUCUUCCUCAGCUUUCUUGAAAUCCCAAAUACCCUAAUAUGGCUUCUCAGACCACUACAGUCCUCAAGGUUGGUAUGUCAUGCCAAGGCUGUGUUGGGGCCGUCAAACGGGUUCUUGGCAAACUUGAAGGUGUAGAAUCAUAUGACAUUGAUUUCGACGCUCAGAAGGUGACAGUGAAAAGCAAUUUACCACCCGAGACAGUGCUGCAAACUGUUUCCAAAACUGGCAAGAAGACUGCUUAUUGGGAAGCAGAAGCAUCAGCAGAACCCGAAGCAAAGCCCGCAGAAACUGUGGCUGCUGCUUAGCUUAGUGUUUUGCCUAUUCAAUGUCGUUUAAUAUGUGUUUCGUCGGUGAACUUCAACGUGAUAGACGAUUAAGUCCUCGUUAAACUUUUACGUGUUCGUAAACACACAAUGUUUCUCUUUGAACUUGUUGUAUGAUUUCCUGUAUAAAUAAAUGGAAGAGAGUGAGUUUGUUGUUUGAA